UUCUCUUCUCCUCUUAGUAUGAGAUCAUGAAAUAGAUGAUUUUAUCAUCCUUUCUACACCUCUUGAAAGACCUUGGUCAACCUUUAAGAUAGUUAACAAAACAGUUCUCUCUCUUCGCCUACGGAUCCUUAGGAAAAUGACCUCCAAAUGUCCAUCAGGGAUGUAUUCUCAGGGAGCAACAGACAUGACUUCUACUAAAAAAGCCAAAUCAGAAGGAAAUGAAGUUCCAUGAGGGAGUCCUCAAGCGCCACGCCUACGGGCCGGUCUCCAAACUGCAGCCUCCAGCCACGACUGCAACCCACACCUCAUUUUCAUUUCUCAUGAGUCAGCGGACUCCAUGUCUCGGAGGACCGGGGAAGGGCUCUCUGGUUGCAGUAAGCGCAUCCGGCAAUGACUAUGGUCAUGGAAGACACCCAAGCUAUUAACUGGGAGGUUGAGGAAGAGGAGGAGAAAGAGAUACCCAGUGAAUCCUUGGGGUGUAGCUUGGAGCCCGUAGGACGACUGCAUAUCUUCAGUAGUGCCCAUGGACCAGAAAAAGAUUUCCCUCUGUAUCUCGGGAAGAAUAUGGUAGGCCGAAUGCCUGAUUGCUCUGUGACCCUGCCCUUUUCAUCCAUCUCCAAACAACAUGCAGUGAUUGAAAUCUUGGCCUGGGACAAGGCACCUGUCCUUCAAGAUUGUGGCAGCCUCAAUGGUACUCAAGUCCUAAGGCCUCCUAAGGUCCUAAGCCCAGGGGUGAGUCAUCGGCUGAGGGACCAGGAGUUGAUUCUCUUUGCUGACUUGCCCUGCCAGUACCAUCGCCUGAAUGUUCCCCUGCCCUUUGUUUCCCGGGGCCCUCUAACUAUAGAAGAGACACCCAGGGUACAGGGACGAACUCAACCCCAGGGACUCCUGUUGGCUGAGGACUCAGAGGAGGAAGUAGAUUCUCCUUCAGAAAGGUGUGUGGUGAAAGAACCAAGAACCUGCCCUCUAGCUGCAGUGGUUCCAGAGAGUGAUGAAGAGGGGCCUUCCCCUGCCCCAGAUGGCCCUGGGCCACCUUUUGUAUUCAACCUGGACAGUGACACAGAUGAGGAAGAAAGUCAACAUCCAGCAUCAGGAGAGGCCUCCUCAACUGCCAGAGGAGGCUCCACUACAGAGACAAAACAGUCUACAGCUAUGGCAACUGAAAUCCAGCUUGAAAAGAAUCAGUGUUCAGUAAAAGAGAGAAACAAUGACACAGAAGUUGAAAGGGAUGCAAGGAAUGGGGUGGUUUCACUUGGGGUGAUACUGGAGAGGAACCAACCUACUGGGGAAGACAGUGACACAGAUGUGGAUGAUGAGAGCAGGCCUCCAGGAAGGCCUGCUGUGGUCCAUUUGGAAAGGGCUCAGCCUUCUGACUUCAUAGACAGUGAUACUGAUGUGGAAGAAGAAGAGAUCCCUGCAACCCCAGCUGUAGUUCCUAUGAAGAAGAGGCAAAUCUUCCAUGGAAUUAGUACAGAGAGUCCUUGGACACAUGCCUUGGUACAUCUACAGGAGAGCCCAACUGGUAAUGAUACAGAUGUGGGGGAAGGUGAGAUCCAGCUGGCAGUCCCUCUAGAGAGAAGCCAAGCCUCUGUGGUGAUUGACAGCAAUACAGAUGGUGAGAAAGAAGUCUUAGCAGCACUCGCUUUGGCACAUCUGAAAGAGAGCCGAGCCACUACAUGGAACAGAGAUACAGAUUUGGAAGAGGACAGGGCCCAACCUGUGGCCCUUCUGGAGCAAAACCAAACCUCUACUGGGAGAGAUAGCGACACAGACAUGGAGGAGGAGGGGCUCCCAAUGGAAAAGAGAGGAACUGUUUUCAAGGGUCACACAGACCAGGCAUAUUCAGAAAAGAGGCAACCUCCUCCCCAAAACAGUGAUCUAGGGGUGGACAAAGAUAAGAGCUCACUUGGGGUCCAUCUGGAGAGAAGCCAAGCCUCUGCCACAGUGGACAUCAACAUACAAGUGAAGGAGAAAGUCCCACCAGGGUCAGCUGUUAUACUUGUGGAGAAGCAUCAGGUGCCUGUGGUAUGGACAGAUCAAACAGAUGUGGAAGUAGAAGAGGGCCAAGCGAAGCUGCCUGUGAUGCAUCUAGAGGAAGCCCAACCUCCAUCUGGGGACUGUGAGACAGAUGUGGAGGGCAUAUCCUUAGCAGCUUCAGUGGUGGCAGAUAUAAGAAAGAGCCAGCUUCCAGCAGAAGAGGAUGCUGGGGCAAAGAGGGCUGUAACUGUUCUUGAGCACAAGAGAGAUCUUGAGGCGAGGGCCCAGGGUGGGUCACUUGUGUCACAGGUGGAGCAGGAUCACCUCCCUGUCUCGAGGGAGGACAUUAAUGAUCUGGUGGUCACAGGCACUUCAGGGAAAUCCAUCCAGCCACAGAGAGAGGGAGCCCAGACCUCCAUAGAAAGGGAGAGAGAACCACAUAUGGACAGGACCCAGGACUCUGGAGACAACCACGGUGAUUCUGAAGACCUGGACCUACAGGCUACUCAGUGCUUUGUGGAGAGAGACAAUCAGAAUCUGGAAGCCCAGAGCAUGGAGGAUGAAGCCACCCAGGCGUUUCUGGUUACUCUACCCCAAGAGCCUGGUCCUUCCUGCUGUAGCUUCCAGGAUACAGGUACCUUGGAUGAGCCGUGGGAGGUCUUGGCAACACAGCCAUUCUGUCCGAGAGAGUCUGAGGCCCCUGAGCCCGAACCCAUUGUUGCUCCUCUUGAUGCCCAUGGAUCCUGCCUCUCUACACCUUGGACAAUACCACAAGGCCAAAAUCCAGGAAGCCCAGUUCACAUAGAGCCAUUGGGGAUUCAGGACAAAGGGAUGCAGACUAUGGAGAAAGACAUGGGGAUACCAAGAGAAGCAGCAGAGGGGGUGGCCCCUGAGAGAGGACCAUUGGACAGGGAAACUGAGAACCUGCCAUCAGGAGAACAAGAAGAUGUGAUAGGAGAAGAAGAGUUAACCAGAGGGAUACAGGUGUUAGCUAGAGAUACUCAAGGACAAGAGUCUGACCAAAAGGUGAAAAUUGCAAGUAUUAAAAGAAAUAUGGAGAGUUUGAACAUAGAAAUUGAGAUAACCAGGGAAAUACAAGAGAAAGAGAUAGAAAAGCAGAUUCUUGCAAGAGAAAUAUUUGAGAGAGAAACAGAGAAACUAGUACUAGAGAGAGAGGGUGAGCCAAAUGGAUUAGGAGUUGAGGUACCGGAAGUAAUACUGGAGAGAGGCCCACAGAGAGGGGAGACUGAGAAAGGGAGCCAGGACCAGGAAGGGCAAGCCUCCAGUCCAACACUAGAGCUUGAAGCAGGGACAGGCGGUCAUCAGGGACUUGCUUCAGCCUCAGUAGCUUCUGGGAGCCAGUCAGGUGGAGGAGAGGGAGUCCCAAUGAACCCCAGGAGGCAGCAGAGAGGCCACUUGACUUGUGAGGUGCCACCUGCUGAGAAGGCCUUCGGGGGUGAUCAGGAAUCCACAGAUGCUUGUCAGCCUCCUGCAGUGCCUGAAGCUUCAGCCCCACUCCAAAACCCCCUCCUCUUUCAGAGUCAAAAACAUCCUGUGCCUCAGCCCUUCUGUUCUUCCUCUCCAUCUUCUUUAGAGCCCAUUCCCAGGACCAGGCAAAACAGGAAUCAGAAAGUUCCAGAGACUCCCUUGCCAAAACCCAAAGUCAGGCUCCGAGGGUCCUCCAGGAAGACACCCUCUCCAGUUUCUUCUGUAGCCCUGGAACCUCAUACUGCCAUUCCCACAGACCAACCCCUCAGUGCUGAGCCCACAUCUCAGGUCACUCGGGGCAGGAGACGUAGGUCCUCUGUGAAGACCCCUGAACUGGUUGUCCCCACAGCCCCUGAGCUCCAGCCUUCCACUUCCAAAGACCAGCCUGUCACCCCUGAGCCCACAUCGCGGAUCACUCGGGGUAGGACACAAAGGUUCUCUGUCAAGGCCCCUGAACUAGUUGUCCCUACAGCCCCUGAUGUUGAGCCUUCCACCUCUAAAGACCAGUCUGUCACUCCUGAGCUCAUAUCUCAGGACAGGACACAUAAAUUUGUAAAAACCCCUGAACCGGUUAUUUCCAUAGCCUCUCAGCUCCAGCCUUCCACCUCCAAAGGCCAGUUUGUCAUCACUCAGUCUGUAUCUGGGGCUACUCAGGGCAGGGCACGUAGGUCUUGUGUCAAGACUCCCAAAGCAAUUGUCCCCACAGCCCCUGAGCCCCAGCCUUCUACUUCCAAAGACCAACCUAUCACCCCUGAGCCCACAUCUCGAGUCACUCGAGGCAGGACACGUGGGUCCUCUGUCAAGAUCCCUCCUGAAUCAACUGUCCCCACAGCCCCUGAACUCCAGCCUACCACCUCCAAAGACCAGUCUGUCCUCACUGAGCCCACAUCUGGGGCCACUCAUAGCACGAUACCUAGGUCUUCUGUCAAGAUUCCUGAGCUAGUUGUCCCAACAGCUCCUGAAGUCCAGUCUUCCAUCCCCACAGACCAGUCUGUCACUCCCAAACCCACAUCUCAGCGCAGGACAUCCAGGUCUUUUGUCAAGACCCAUGAACCAACUGUUCCCACAGCCCCUGAGCUCCAGCCUACCACCCCCAAAGGCCAGUCUGUCACCCCCAAACGUAAAUCUCAGGGCAGGACACCCAGGUCUUCUAGCAAGACCCCCAAACCAGUUGUCCCCACAGUCCCUGAGCUCCAGGCUUCCACCCCCACAGACGAGCCUGUCAUUCCCAAACUCACACCUCGGGCCACUCGGGGCAGGACACAAAGGUCCUCAGUCAAGACCCCUGAGCCAGUUGUCCCCACAGCCUCUGAGCUCCAGCCUUCCAUCUCCACAGAUCAGCCUGUCACCCCUGAGCCUACAUUUCGGGCCACUCGGGGAAGGAUACAUAGGUCCUCUGUCAAGAUCCCCCAACCAAUUGAAUCUACAGCCUCUGACCUUGAAUCUCUCAAUCCCAUAGAUCAACUGGUCACCCCUAAGGCUAUAGCUGAGGGUGGUCAGGGUAAGACACUAAGGUCUACAGUAAGUGCUGUGCCAGUUCUUACCACCCCUGAAUCCCAGAAUCCUGACCCCAUAGGCCAGCCUGUUCCCCCUGAGCCCAUCCCUCAAGCCAACUGCAGCAGUAAGCGGAGGGCCACAAGGAAGCAUGGGUCCUUCACAGCUCCCAUUGUCCAUGAGCCCCACUCUGCACCCCCUGAACCUAACUCUCGAUCCUCAAAGAACCAAAGACGAGCAGUGAGAGCAGUGGAGUCUCUUAGGACCAUUCCCGAGCCUGCUCUUGCCCAGCUUCCUGAGGCCCCCACUCAUGCUACCCAGAUCCAAAAGGUAGAGGCAGCAGGCAGAUCUGAGUUCACCCCAGAGCCCCAGUCUAAGCCCUCUCAGAGCCGCAAGAGGCCUUUGGCUACUGUGGAUUCACCCCCACUUCAAAAACGGCUCCAACAGAAGACCGUGUCCCUCCACAAAGAGGAAGAAGAUUCAGUAGAGAGCCCAAGGAAGGAUGAGGUUGCAGUGAUUCCAGGACCAGGCAAGAGAAAGAGAGACCAAACAGAGGAGGAGCCCAGGGGAAUCCCAAGCCGCAGCCUUAAGCGGGUCAAACCUAACCAAGAGUCCACAGCACCCAAAGUACUCUUCACAGGUGUGGUGGAUGCCCGUGGAGAACGGGCGGUGCUGGCCCUGGGUGGGAGUCUGGCCAGCUCAGUGGCAGAGGCUUCCCACCUGGUGACUGAUCGAGUCCGCCGCACGGUCAAGUUCCUGUGUGCCUUGGGGCGGGGGAUCCCCAUCCUCUCCCUGGACUGGCUGCACCAGUCCCGCAAGGCUGGUUGCUUCUUGCCCCCGGAUGAAUAUGUGGUGGCUGAUCCUGAGCAGGAGAAGAACUUUGGCUUCAGCCUUCGAGAUGCCCUGAGCCGGGCUCGAGAGAGAAGGUUGCUAGAGGGCUAUGAGAUCCAUGUGACCCCAGGAGUCCAGCCACCACCACCUCAAAUGGGAGAGAUCAUCAGCUGCUGUGGAGGCACUGUCCUACCCAGCAUGCCCCGCUCCUAUAAGCCUCAGAGAGUUGUGAUUACAUGCUCCCAGGACUUCUCUCGAUGCUCUAUUCCAUUUCGGGUUGGGCUGCCCAUUCUCUCACCUGAGUUCCUGCUGACAGGAGUGCUGAAGCAGGAAGCCAAGCCAGAGGCCUUCAUCCUCUCCACUUUGGAAAUGUCAUCCUCGUGAAAACAUCACCACAGUACUUACUGUUUUCCCUCCCAGACCAGUAAAUAAAGUGUUAGAAAAGAUUUGGAAGAAAGAACCUAGGGCUUUAGAAAGAAUUGGGGUAUACUGACCUGAUUUGUCUUGGAACAUGGGUGGGGCUAAAAAGGCUUAUGGAUAAACAAAAAGAUAGUGAGAUUUUAGCCACAGUUUUUUUUUUUCUGUUUCUUUUUUUUUUUUUUUUUUUUUUUAGUAAACAACCUAGUCUUUUAUUUGCCCAAGGCUGGCUGUUGCAGGCACUAAGGCCCCAAAACUUCCAGAAGGGAUGGAGGAGGGAGGGGCAAACCAUCCUGCCUACCAGGUGCUACCUGCCCCCAUCCUGCUUCCUGCAGGAAGCGGGAAAGGAGAUGAAGUCUACAUUUGUGCCAUCAAGUAUCAAGCCUGCUUUCAGAUACUAUAAAUACUCAGUUGCUAUUGAGGAGGAAACUGAGGCACUCUGACUCCCCAGGCCUCUAUCUGCCAGUCCAAGUUUUUGCCUGCUCUCUCUCUCCAGAAUGAGCUGCAGGCAGCCCUUUGCUGGGGGAGGGUCUCAGGAGCCCAUUUCGUGGCCUGUGUGUGGGGGAGAAGGCCAGCCAGUGUCAAGGGCUGGGGCAGCAGGAGGAGGGGUGUGUUUGGAAGAGAGCAGCUGCUAGGAGGGGGGAGUCAGCACUGAAUAAGGACCCCAGCUGGGGUUCCAUAAUGAUAUCAGUGGGGGACAGCCAGAGCCCUCUGCUCUCUAGAAGGGGAAACUGAGGCAGAGACCCCUCCCAUCUUUGAGAAGGGAGGGGCCUCCUAUAAGCUAUUCAGGUCUAUUUACCAUCUCCACAAAGACACUACAGCCCAGGAGUUGGAGCAUGUCAGUGGUCACUCAGUGUUUAGAUUGAGACACAAGGAGUGGGAGGCAGCUGGGUCACCUGAUGAGACACAGAUUUCUCAAAUGGCCACUUAGAGUUGGGUAAUCCCAUUCUCAGAUAUCAUAAGUGGCUGCCCUUAGCAGGACUGAUGUACUUACUGCUGUGUGGCACACAUGGUGUCCUGCCUCCUGUUUGGAAGCCAUCUCUCUCCCUCUUUGACUGGGAUUCUUAUUCAUCCUCUGAAAGAGAGUAGAAACAAUUUUAGUGUCAAGAACUUGAAGGGAUGCUUGGAGUGAGUAAAUUUGAGGUUGGAGGUAUGGAAUGCUACUAAAAUAUUUUCCUCUCUCCUCACCCCAUCUUGUUAGAAGUGUUCUUUAGUUUUGACUUUGAGCAGAUCUUUGCACUUUUCUGGCCUGCUUUUCCAGUAUUUAUAGAAUUAGAGCUUAGGUUUAAUUUCUGUGAUAAAUAAAUAUUCACUCUGUGCCUUA